GCCAUGCAUCUUCCAUCCGGGAAUCACUUUUACCACUUCCGAACGUUCGACUGUAUUACAAGUUUUUUUACGUUCUGUGAAACGAACUCGCUGCUCGAAAGAAUUGAACGAGAAAAUCCGAGCAACGUGUGUGCGUCGCCAUGUUAUCUUUCGAUCGAAACUCUUUGUCCCUAUUAUUUGAAAUUCAUUUCCAAACGCGAGCGAAAUGUGCUCUCGACGUUUUCCUAUUGCUGUAUUAGAAGUUCAAAUGAGGAGAAUUUUCAGAUUUUCAAAAAAUGAUGUCCUGUUGUUCUACUGUAUUGAUUUCAAAGAAAUUAUCCUCGGAAUGAUUUAUUAGUCGUUAAUGAUAUAUUACGAAUGAUAUAAUUCAGCUAUCGUACGCUUUAGAGCAUAAUAUGUGAGAAAGUAUGUGUUCUUCUUCAUGGAAUGCGAUUAUUAGGUCGUAAGAUGAGUGGUGAGAUGAACUCGUAAACUUUCUAGGGACUUUUGGUUCAAUGUCACGGUCGCUGGUUCAAUGUCAUCAGUUUUAAUAGCCAUACAAACGCGGGACGAUUUAUAAUAUACGAAUUACGUAACACAUAUGCCACUUACGCGUUUAUUCUUUUUUAUAUUACAAGAUUCUAUUAAAUAACUGAUUGAAUUUUGUAUUUUAAAUUUUUACGCAAAUUAUGACAGAGUGUUAUAAAAAUAAAAAUGAAAUUAUGAGGAUUCUAAACUCUGAUUCCAUCUUUAUCCCCAACAAAAUAAAUGUGCUAUUCUUAUUCUCUCAUCGAGGCCGUUUCUAAAUAGUAACAGGCAAUAAAAAGGCCUUUUAAUUUUCAUCAUCUGCCAGAAGUUGAACGAACUGUUUAACGCCAAAUUCUAUUUUAAAUGUUUGCAUUCAACGUUACUGUUUUUACAGGACGUACAACGGAUUCUCAGCGUUGACUAACUCACCAUACCCGUUCGAAGUCGAAGAAAAAUGUUCACAUCAUAAUACGUCGAACUUGGAAUCGAGGCCGAAAUAUAUUACGCGAGAACGAGUUGAAAUGUACCACGUGUUCCUGCGUGAAUCAUCUCGUAGAAAGUAGCUAUUAUCCAUUUACGAAAUUCGAAAGAAAGAGCUCGUUGGUACGCUCCUGCGACGGUACCGUUAUGUUUGACAGAGCGUUGAACCACCGGCACGUCGAACCACCUUGGGAUGGAACCUGCUCGCGGUAAGUGCAUUUUUGUAACACAAGUCGAACGAAAACUAAUACCUGUGUCGCUCAAGAGGAUCGUCAAGUAAACGUAGACAGAAUAGGAACGAGUGAUAAAACUGAUAAAAAAUUAUCAUAGCGAGUGUCGUUAGUGCUAUCGGAAGUACCGUACGUUUUCGUUUUUACUUUACAAUUAUAAACAGGACGUAGCACAUGUAAGGAAGUGCGCGUAAUCAGACUGCAAGAUGAAGUGCGUUUGAGUGUCAAUUAAUUUAAACAUAAUGGAACAAGUGAAAAUGGUGGCGGACAACGGACACGUCGAUGGACAGAAGGAGAACACGAGGAAACGGAAGUCGAAGCUCUGGGCUUACGUGUUGUGGCUGUUCGGAGGUCUAUUCGGCGCGCAUCAUGUUUAUCUCGAACGGGACCUUCAGGCUCUCGCGUAUUUCAGCACUUUCGGUGGAUAUUUUGGCCUCGGAUGGCUCCGAGAUAUCUACAGGAUCCCUUGUUACGUACGCGACGCGAACGACGAUCCCAAUUUCCUAAACGAAUUCAAAAAGAAUGUGAAGCUCUAUCGUAAGCCGCCAUUCUCGGCGGUGCGAUUCGCGGCUCAAAAUGCUGUCGCAUACAUGUGGGCCGAGAUAUUUCGCAACGCCGUACCGGAGGACGAAUUGUUCGGGAUCAAUUUCAGACACCUGCUGAUCCUGACGCCUCUUGUCAUAGCAUUAGGUGUAUGGACGGUUGGAAACAUAGGAAGAGAGCAAGGAUCUAUAUGGAUCACGCUGUGCACCGCGUAUUUAUUUUACCCAAUGUUGACUUACAUCGGGGACGACACCGUAUGGAUAUUUGUUAUGGUCGUCUCCGCCAGCUUGAGUUUCGACACGUUUAGCAAGGAAUGGCGACUGAAGCCGAGAAAAAAGAGGAGCUUCAUUAAAAGAAUGUUGCAUCUCAGUGUAGCCGCCAUGAUCUCGAUGUCUCUCCUCGGUUCCUACCUGUACUUCAACGCGGUCAUCACCGACAGCGAGGGGGAAGAAAUCAAACUAUCUGAAGCCAUUCAACAUUUCUUAACGUCUCCUAUAUGGCUCGACCUUCAGGCGAGUCUGAAAGCAACGUGGGAUCAGGCGGUUCAUCAAGGUUUCUGGGCAACCUGGGCGCAAUUGGUCGACCUGACUGAUCCUCGAGGAGAGAUAAACGCUUAUAAGGUGUUGGGCCUUUCUCAAACGGCUACGCAGUCCGACGUGACGUCACGCUGGCGAGCGCUCUCGAGAGAUAAUCACCCUGACAAGAUAAAGGGUAGCGAAGAAGAGAGGCGAAGAGCUCAGGAAAAAUUCAUGGAGAUACAGCAGGCAUACGAAAUCCUUUCCAAAGCGAAAAUUCGCAGGCAACGACGGAACCGGAAGUCCGACGAAUCGUUCGAAUCGAAUUGAGAAGCAAAGAAACGAGGAUGAUGAAACUCACUCUACCUCCAUAUAUUUUUUGACAAAUGUAGACAUUCGCUGAACGGUGAAAUGUUAAUAUACAGUGUGUAUAUGUAAAUACAGAGGCGAUGAAGUGCUCUUCACAAUUUUUGUAUCAA